AUGGAAAACCCUGCAAAACCACUGCGCGUUUGGAGGAAAGCUCCGACACGGACUAACCUUAAGAACAAACAUCCCCCUUUACUCUGCCCUGUAAUCAGUCUCUCUUUAUAUCUUUCACCCUCCUUUUUCUCACACCUUCCUCCUUCAUUUUUCUAUUGCUUUCUCCAUACCUACACCUUCCCCUUGUCUUCUCUGUCCAGUUGUCUCUCCUCAUCGCUGUUUCUCUCUCUGUGCCUCUGGGGUUUCUGUCCCCUCCUUACUGCCAAGCUGGAUUUCCUGCAGGUGAAGCACCUGAAGAGGAAGAGGAAGAGCAACUACAGUGUAAAAGAAACACAGACUCUCAUCAGGGAGAUCCACAAAAGGACGGACGUGUUGUUCUCCAGGCAGCAGAACACAGCCAUUAAUGAGCUGAAAAGACAGGCAUGGGAGGAAGUGGCCCGAGGUGUUAAUUCACUGGGGGAGGGAGAGCUACGCACUGCUGCUGAAGUGAAGCGUCGUUACCUGGACUGGCGUGCACUUGUGAAGAGAAAACAGCUUCGUGCUGAGCUCUCUCUCUCCUCCUCUUCCUCCUCGUCUGUGGCCCUGAAGACCGAGUACGAUCAGUCAUCCCCUGAGCAUGAGGCAGCUACUCUGGGUCCUGGGUGUGACCAGCUGCUUGACCUCUCGGGCCUCUCAAAGGAUUGCCACUGCGACUGGCCAGAGCUUGCAGCUCUCGGUGAACCGAGCGGGCAGGCCAUGAUGGCACCGAUGGGUGUGAAGAUGGAGGACGAUGUCGGUGAAUACAGACUGGAUGGUGAUGGUGAUAUGGGAGAUGGAGAAAUAGAUGAAGAUGAUAUCAACUCCCUCCUCAGCGACAUUGAGUCACGCGGUGAGGGGCAUAUUGGUGAUGUUUACUCCCACAACGACUUGGGCAUGCUCAGCUCCUCCAAGGCUCCGACCUCCACCACCAACAGAGACCUGUCACUCGCUGGUGGCCUGAUGGGGAUACCAGCUCACGCUCUGGGUGGACUUACGAAUCAUGAAAAUUUGGGGGCAGGGUUUCUGGUUGCUGUUGAAAAACAGCGAUUGGAGCUGGAGAAACAGCGCCUGGCUGUGGAAACUGAACGCCUGAUAGUGGAGAAAGAGCGGCUGGUGGUGGAGAAGGAGAGACUCCGUCAGAUGGAGGUAGAGAGGGAAAGGCUGCAGCUGGAGAGAGAGAGGUUACAGGUGGAGAGGGAGAGGCUGAGGCUUCUGCUGCUCAGCCAAUCAGAGCAUGUCAACUCCUCCUUUAACCAGCCGCCGCAACAAGGCCCGCCCUCGUCCUCCACGUCUUCCUUAUCCUCCAUUCAUGAUGGACAGAGGGAGAAGGAGAAAGAAAAUAAAUGCUGGAUGCCAUUGGUGGAUCUGGAGACAGAAAGGCUAAAACUAGAGAAGGAGAGAGUGCAGCUGGACAAAGAGAGGCUGCAGUUUUUUAAAUUUGAGGCCGGCAGACUGCAGAUUGAGAGAGAACGCCUCCAAGUGGAGAAAGAGAGAAUGCAGCUGCACAAAGAUCAUCAGGGCCACUGAGAGAAAGAGAUGAAUAAUAUAUUUGAUUUUCACCAGCUUCAGGGGCACUGAAAACAACCCAGAAUGUGUGGAUAUGCAUCAGCAGCGGCUCCUUUUAUCAAGUUCCUCACACACACAUCCUUAAGGAAGGAGUGAGACACUUAUAUGAUCAUUCCUUACUGGAAUUUGGCCAGGGAGAAGACUGAGAUGGAGCGCUGGCAUAUUUAUGACCACCAUGAUAAAGCAGUGCCUUAUGAUGUCUUCAUAAAAUGGGUGACAGGACAGAAAAUAUGCCAUGAUGAUAAAGUCUAGGAUUUGUUGGACACAUGGUUAACCUUGGACAUAUUUGAUUUAUAUAAUGUUCAGUACCUCAUCCAAAUAAACUAAGGCACAACAUGUGCAGUAUAAAACAUAAAAUGCUGGAACACAUCCUUACAAGUGUAGAAAUAUUUUAUAAUGGCACAUUUGAAGUAAUGGAAUUAUGAUGUGUUACUCUGCAUUUAUGCACCAAACCAGUGCCAAUUUAUCUACUGCAUGGGUGCUGGUCUUUAUAAUUCAGAUUCCAACAUUCAAAAACAAAAGCACACAACUGUUACUUGUACAGAGACUUUUAUGUUUUUUCUGUCAAGUGCUUGUGUUACAAUCGUUUACAUGGUAAUGCUUGUGACUUUGAUCAUUCGUCUACUGAUUUUCAACUGAUAUUUCACCUUUACUGUUUUAAUUAUUUACAUCUGUGCCUUUCAUACCAUGACAUGCCGACAUGUCUGCUGUGAAAUAUUAACAGGUUAAGAUUUUAUAUUUUUUGCCAUUAAGAUUUGUGGACUUGGAAAAGAGCCAGAACAUCUGUGAUGAGCAGCUACUGGAAGUUUAGUGUGCAUGCUAGAAAAUUAUAGUGAAAUAUUCAUUUUAUGUCUAUGUUUUCUUCCGUUCUGUUGUGCUAUGAAUAUACUGUGAAGUGUUACUGACUGCUAAAAACUAUAUUCUGCUACUGUGUACUGAAGGUUAUGUCGUCCAACACAUCAAACACAAUAUACUAUGUAUUUUGGUUGUUACAUCACAACUUUUUUUA